AUGCACAACCUGAAAAAUGACGAAGAGAUCGCUAAUAUGUUCGACAUUGUUAUCUCUGUCUCUGUAUCUGAAGACAAUAGUACAGAGAAGUUGCAACAGGUAAUACUAGGAAGGCUUAAAUUGAAUGUCGAAGGGAACAAUGAUCAUGGUGAAUUUGUGUGGAGAAUAUCAAAGGAAUUGGAAAGCAAAGGGUACUUAUUUCUUCUGGAUGAAGUGUCAGAGACUCUUGAAUUACAUAGAGUGGGAAUUUGUGAAGACGAAAUGGAUAGCAAGUAUGUCUUGGCAAGCAGAUAUGAACAUGUCUGCUAUGAUAUGGAGGUUGAUGAGUUCGUCAAUGAGAAGCGAUUGUUGGAUUCUGAUGCUUGGAAAAUGUUUCCGGAAAAAGUGGGAAGGAACAUUAAUCUUCCCGGUGUCGAGCCGAUUGAGCGCCUUGUUGUGAAUGAAUGUGCCGAUUUGCCCCUUUUGAUUGACAGAGUUGCAAGGAACUUCAAGAAGAAGAACAACAUUAAUCUAUGGAGGGAUGGUCUCCAGAGCUUACGGAGAUGGCCAAACAUCAAAGUCCAAGGCAUGGAGGAAGUGGACGUUGCUUGUUCUCGAUCAACGAUUGGCUUUUGA